AUGGAACACACUCCUCAUCACGUAGGCCCCUCACAGGCCCCAAAGCAAUUUGUGCUUUGUUUUGACGGCACUGGUAACAAAUUUGCUGGUGAUGAGUCUGACAGUAAUGUUUUGAAAGUCUUUCGUAUGCUUGAUCGCAGCAAAAGUCACCAAUACCAUUACUAUCAACCUGGUAUUGGAACAUAUGUGACCACAAAAUCUUUGACUAGCCAUGGUCGCAUUCAGCGCAUCAGGUCCUGGUACGAAAAGGCCAAGGAUUCAGCCAUUGGAUCUUCCUUCGACGAGCAUGUGAUGGGCGGCUAUAAGUUUUUGAUGCGAUACUACUCUCCAGGAGAUGAGAUCUUCUUCAUUGGUUUCAGUCGCGGUUCAUAUAUUGCUCGUUUCUUGGCUGAGAUGCUCGAUUACAUCGGUCUUCUCGAAGCUGGUAACGAGGAGUUGAUCCGAUUUGCUUGGAAGACCUUUGCGAAAUGGCAACAGCGCCAGGGCGGCACAGACGAAGAUGAAGAGGAAACCAAGAAACUUUUCGAAUAUAUGAAGGCUUUCCGUGAAACUUUCAGUCGCCCGAUCACGCGCAUCAAGUUCAUGGGACUCUUCGACACGGUCAACAGUGUACCACAAUUCGAGAACGCGUGGAUGCAGCGCAGCAAGUUUCCUUACACUGCCCGCAGUUCAGCCAGAGUCAUUCGCCAUGCUGUCGGUAUUGAUGAACGUCGCGCCAAGUUCCGUCAAGAUUUGAUCUCUGGUAAGCGACCGCAUGACAAGAAGAACAGACGCCAUCGCCACCACCUUCCCACUCCUUUGGGUCAUCUGGCACGCCAUACUGAUGCUCAACACCAUCUGCACCUUCAUCACCAGGACGUUUUACGGCGCAAGCAGCAGCAACAACAACAACAAUCAGAGGCACAGCCUGAGCAAGUUCCGGCUAUUCGUGUGAACGACGACUCCGAGGGCGCCGAAGACGAAAAAGCGGCAUCCACUGGUGCCCUCCCUGUCCUUGAAAAUCCCGGUUGGGGUCCUAAAGAGGGUGAGACCUAUUAUCACUCUCACCUUAAUGGCCAUCAUUCUCAUCCUCCCUCAUCACAUGGAGAGAACGACAGCACCCUGGGUGUGGAGCAGAGUAAUCGCUACCGGGCGUCUUCUCCUCGGCGUAAUAGCCUGGCAGUUCCUAACGGAAAGCCAUCCUUUGAAGACCUCACAUCCGUCAAAAGUAAUCAAUCCGGCGGCCUCUCACUCCUCGUGCCCAGCCACGGUGAUGACGACGACUACGACAGUGACGAUGAGGAACAAGACAUCCACGAAGUUUGGUUCCCUGGCUGCCACGCCGACAUUGGCGGUGGAUGGAAGCUGGAAGGUGGAGAAAAGUGGGCUCUGAGCCACGCUCCCUUGGUGUGGAUGGUCCAGGAGGCCCAAAAGGCAGGCCUUGAGCUAGAUGAGCGCAAAAUGAAGCAGUUCCAGUGUCUUGAGGAAUACGCUGGUGAUUACACCCCUAUUCAAGAAACAGCCAGCAAACGCCGCGGCAGCCGUGUCAAGGGACGUCACGAUGAAAAAGACGAAGAUCCCGAUAAGUAUCGCUUUGCCCCAGAUGGGAAAGAGCGAUCUGCUGCCAGUCGCGCCUUCUGGCAUGCCUUACACACAUCGAGCACUAAGGGUUCCAAGCACGAUUGUCUCGAGUUCAAUCAGGGUUUGCCAACCUUCUCGGUCAUUUCCUGGCGUAUUAUGGAGUGGUUGCCUUUCCGCCGUAUGGAUCUCAGGGAUGAUGGUUCCUGGAAGCCCAUUCGCUGGCCGCUUCCCCGAGGUGAGGUACGUGAUGUGCCGCUGGAUGCUGAGAUCCAUGUGUCAGCUAUUCGACGUAUGCAAGCGGACCCAUCCUAUCGCCCUGGUAAUAUCAUCGUUGGAGGUGGUGGCGUUGGUGUGCGCAUUGCACCUGAAGACUUGGGCAUGGGCAAUUGGGUGGUGCUUAAGAAUGAGGGUGAUGGAGUUCGUGAGACAUACGUGCGGCAAGAUCAGGAAACCAAGUGCAAGGAAGCUCUUUUGCACUCCAAAUGCCACUGA